CGCUGCAGCGUGACGUCGGAGAGCGACCGUUACAGCAGGAGCGCGACCGAGAACUGACAACUCAGCCCGCACAGCUCCCGGUUCCUCUCUUUAGUAGAAGAUGUCACUGUCCAGUGGUAGCACUGACCCUGGGAAUAUCUGCAGCUUCAGGCCCCUCUCCCACAGCUGUACAUCAGAAUGCUCUCUCGGGAGUGCCUCGCUGACUGUCUCGGUCGAGGAGCUUCGCUCUGAGCUCUCACUUCUGGGGUUCACCUCUGUACCCCAACAAAGGCUCCUACAAUUCAAGCAAGACCUUGAGUACCUGAUGCGCAGCCGAGCUGCACUAGAUGUUUCGUCAGGAUCCUCUGCAGACGCAACAGACCCUGGGAAGGAGGGUGAAGCAACGUCUGCGAGUGAAGGAGCCACUUCAGAUUGGGACAGGCUCCGUGCAAGGCCGUCCUCCGCUUCUAGUCAGGAGCGUGCAUUCCAGGCCCACAGACAAUGCCUGGACUCCUACACCAAAAACACAUUCAGGGUGGGAGCUCUCGAAAAACCAAGGGCAUCAGCUCUGACUCGCAAGGUGCUGCGCAGAAAAAGUGACGGACAAGUUCAGGUGUGUGACGAGUCCCUGCUAUCAAGUGACACUGAAGUAGAAGAUUCUAGAGCCUCUUCUGGAGAAUCGCAAGCAGUGAAAUCCUUUAUCCGUGUCCCACCACAUUCCCUUCUGGAGCAGUAUCGGCAGCGCUCUGACCCCGUGGGUCGUUACCAAGACUACAAGCACAGCUGGGAGGCUUUACAGGCGUCUCUGGAGAAGAGUCGGAAGGAGCUUCGCUGGGGGGUCAGAGAGAGGAUGAUGUCAGCACCCCCCCUACCACUCCCACGAGCCCUCCCAACACCGAAUUCAUAUGUCGUCCCCACAGAGAAGAAACGGUAUGGCUUACGAUGGGCAGUCCGACAGGACCUUGUGCAUGGAAACAUCCCACGAGGAAGCUAUUCCUAGAUGGCUGCGGUCUUCAGGCGUGUGUCGCAUACGUGGCUGCGGUCUUCAGGCGUGUCACAUACGCGGCUGCGGUCUUCAGGCGUAUCACAUACGUGGCUGCGGUCUUCAGGCGUGUCACAUACGCGGCUGCGGUCUUCAGGCGUGUUGCGAAGUCCUUGAUUGGAUGUGUUUUGUAUGAUUUAAAUAAAUUCACGUACUUUUUA